CUGUGCCGGAAGUAAAAUGUUUUAUGCCCGAUCAGAUGGGAUAUAUUUGGAUAACUCAUGUUGCAGUGUGUUAAACAGUUCCUUAGAAUUUUGAGUUGGUCUGGAUUUAAAUUUCACUGAUUUGAAAAUGUGGAUUUAGAUUUCACUGAUUUGAAAACAUGGCAACUGCUGCAAUGGAGGAAAAAGAAGCAGUUGUCCAAACUUUACAAGACAUAAAGGCAAUGACUGGAGAACAUACAAUCACGACAUUCUUAACUGUGAAGAUCUUGGAAGUUGGAGCUCCAACUUCAUAUACAUCAUGUACAUUAGAUAUUUGGAAAGAAAAUCAAAUGAUUACAGCAAAAAUAGCAGACAAAUCUACCUAUGGAGAUGUUCACGUAUACAACACUGCUAAAUUCCCAAUGUUCAGAGUGGAGGAGGUCAUCAUCUUAUCAGAUUUUGUAAAGAAAGCUGAUGGAAGUCUGAUGGUAACGCAAGACUCACUUGUUCUGAUUGCAACAGAGGAAGUUACUGUACCAAAAGAAAUCAUAGAUUUAUCGAAGACACCAGCAUGCACAACUAUUGAAAGUACUGUGUCUACCAAGGAAAAUGUCAUUCUUUCAGAUACGCCCACCACAAAAGAACAAAGGAAUACAGAAGAAAAAGUUACUUUUAAGAGACCCAAAGAUAAGAGAGUGAGAGCCAACGACCGAGGGAGAGUGUACGAAUGCUUGAAAUGUCUAAAUUUUAGAGGGAAAAAGGGGAAGGCGGAGUCUCACUACUUCAAGAUGCAUGUCGCAGCUGAAGACCUCCCCUGGUACUGUGGUCUUUGUAAUUUCCGAUGUGAAUCGGAGGCAGACCUGAAACAUCACCCAAACAACAACAAGGAUCAUAAGAGGCUAGUGGAUGAAGCCAAAAGCAAAGCCCCUGGAACAGAUUGGGAUGACACACAAUUCUUCACCAAGAACCCCAAUGCAAAAACCAUUGAAAUUGAUAGGGACCUUAAGCAAUGGACCAAAGAAGAUUCGAUCAAAUUUUGGGAAGGUCGCAAGACAGAUCAAAACCAGAAGCCAGUGGACACACCAGCACCAACCUCUAAUGAUGAAAAACCAGAAGUUUGUGGUGAUGUUUCCAAGGCGAUGACCCCUCCCGAUGCCCCUGCAGAUUCUCCUCAGCCAACUAGAGAUGUGGAUGAGGCAGGUACGCCCACCACAAAAGAACUACAGAGUGGAGGAGAAAAGGUUCCUUCUAUAAGACCUCUCAAUGGACUGAUGAAUUCAAUUUCAUCACCCAACGAGUCUGCUACCUCAGUAUCUACAUCAGGGGAAUCAAAAACAAAGGCAGGUACGCCCACCAAAAAACGGCAGAACAAUACAGAAGAAAAGGUUCCUCGUAAGAAACCCAAAGUUAAGAACGCCAGUGGAGUGGAAGAUUCGACAUCAUCCUCUGCAUCUUCAACACUGGAAUCACAGAUGUCAUUCUCUAUAUCUUCAUCAUUGGAAUCGCAAAUGGAGCAAGAAUCUAACACAGAAUCUAUCAACAAACCAAAGACAAGUUCUAAAAAAAAACCAGGCGGAUCAAAACAAAGCCAUCUAUCCUUCCCUAAUACAUCUGCCUCGGGUGAAAAAUCUAACACAGAAUUUAUCAACAACUCGAAGACAAGUCCUAAAAAAAAACCAGGCGGAUCAAAACAAAGCCAUCUAUCCUCUGCAAAUACAUCUGCCUCGGGCCAAACAUCUAACACAGAAUCUAUUAACAACCCAUUGACAAGUCCAGAGAAAAAAAAGUCUGCUUCUAAGUAUACAAAAGAAUCUCUUCAAGAAUUGAAGGUUUUUUAUGCAGAGGAGCCUAUGGACAUGAAACUUUUCUUUGAUACGGUAAAAUCAAAAGCUGAUGCCACGGUCACUGGAGCAAAAGUUGAGCAAAUUAUGAACACAUUUAAGCGGAUUACCGAAGAACAGUUGGGAAUGUUCAGUAUAGAUUUAGAUGAUCUUUUCGAAACGAAGAAACAAGGUGAUGAUAAAAUCAAAUCUAAGAAAACGAAUGUAAUGCAUCACAUUAUGAACUCGACUGAUGAGAUUAACGAUUUCUCUAAAAUUGCUGUGGAAAAGAAAAAGUACAAAGAUUCCAGGAUAAUCCGGUUGCUGAUCCAUUGGACAACAGCUGUGACAGAGUUCAUGCAGAACUGUGCUGAUGUUGUACAGAGCAUAUUGUUACCAGGGAUGCAUCCGCGUUUAUCUCCUUAUGAUAAAUCAAAAGAGAAAACGCCACGUGAAAUACUGUACCAUACACUGUUCAUGAGUUUUUCAAGAAUGUUCUUGCUUUGUCCAAGGCAGCAAAGAAAAGUAGAAAGAAAACUUGGGAAGAAUAUCAUUGGCUGUGAAUCAGACGUAUGUUUUCUGCAGUCAUUGUUUUCACCAGGUACAGAUGCUCCCCAGCUGGUAAUGAUGUGUGAGGUUAAGAGAGAUCCACCUUCCAAACAACCAAGACAGGAGAAAACAUGGAUAGAGAAUAAAAUUAGUUCCAAAGUUAUGGGGCAAAUUGGAAUGGAACUUCUCUGUGAAAGUACUGGAUCCUAUUUUUCACCAAAGGUUGCAGGAAUUGCAUGCUUGAGAUCGGAGAUUAUGUUCCUGUUCUUGGACAUUACAAAAGAUCACAUCCAGGCCCUAGAAGAAGACAAAUCUUUGGAAAGAAUGAAUGCCAAGAUAUCAUACACAGAAACCUAUGACAUUCUAAAACCAGAGGAUAGAUCUAAAUUUAUGGAUAUUCUGUUAUAUUUUGCUGCUAUCCAGAGCUGCAACUUCAAUUCUCUACUCUAAAUCAGGCUUGUAAUUUGUUACUGUGGUCAGUUAAUUACAAUUAUUCAUAAUUCUAUGGUACAUUGAUUUAAGAUGACCAGACAAAUAACAACUAUUUAACAUGAAUUUGUUUGACUUUUUAGCUUUUCUUGUCAUCUUUUGUCUGGCAUCUGUCCAUAAACUUUAAACAGGUGCAUCUUCUUCAGAACCACUGAACCAGUUUCAAUUAUACUUGGUACAAAUCAUCAAGUUUGCUCAAACGAAGGGUCAUGUUCUCUUCAAAUGAGAGAUACAUGUAAUUAAAAAUGUCAAAAAUAGGGUGAGGUCAUUUAAAAAUCUUCUCAAUAAGCACUGGGCCACAAAAGUUGCAAUUUGCAUGAAGUUAUCCUGACAUGGAGUAAAGUCAAGUUUGUGCAAUUUAUGGUUCCCCUAGGGUAGAGUGAGGUCACAAUAGACUUUGUGAUGCAGGAUAAAAACUGAAUGCAUAUUUAGAAAAAGCAGAAAAGGAUGCAAGUCGUGAAUUCCACAACCCCAGGGUUUUGACACUCGGACGGGUCACAAUCAUCUUAUCUUAAUGUUACCUAUGUUAUGUUAUGUAAAGUCUUUCAAUAUAGGCACCUUUGGGGACAUAUAUGUUAGUUUUAAGAACACAUCUUGUUUUAUACUGCUGCUGAACAUUAGAGCUUAGAUAUACAAAAUAGGAUUUUUUUUUUAGAUUUCAAAAGUUACUAGCCCCAAGUGAUACUAUUAUAUAAAUAUUGCAUGUAGUUGAGGGUAACAUUGAAAAUUUUCACCCCGAGAAAACCAUUGUCAACCGAGGCAUAGCCGAGGUUGACAAUGGUUUCUCGAGGGGUGAAAAUUUCAAUGUUACCCUCAACUACAUGCAAUAUUUGUUUUAUUAUACUGAAUGUUAUGUAAACUGGAAAGCAGAAAAACUUACGUCUGUUGACAUUUGAUCAAUCACUGUCAUGCGAUAUUUCGUAUUUCGAUGCGGGUACUCGCGUUUAUUACAAACGCUCAAACGACGUCGUCUAGCAAUCUACGGCGAACCGUACGCGCAUAAAUUUGACGCAUGUGAUAAUUUUUUAUAAUAUCACCCGUUGUCAAGUACUGUUACCCGUUGCUAGAUACUAUCACCCUGGGGCACGUGUUUUUUUUGUUCUCAGAGGGUAACAAUAUGUUUUUUCAAAUGCUUCUCGACCAAUCAGGUUCGAGUAUUUUACAUGAAAGUAUAAUAAUACCUAAUACUCACUGACAGGUGAUCGAUAAAGCCUGCGAGUCUCAUAUUUUGUAUGUAGAAUUCUUAUGGCAAGAUUUUUCAUAUUAUAUCAUGGUCUAUGUGACUUUGACCUUCUCCCAGAAGAGAAAGGCCAUGUUAAUCAUAUUAGCAUCAAGACAUCCCCAUGUCGUGUGAAUUAUGAGUGAAAAAUUCUCGAAAAGGGCGUUAAACAAGAUACAAUCAAUCUAUAUUUGGAUUAUUAACAAAACAGAAACCUUUUAUAGUUUUGCCUACUCUUGGUUACUAUGUUAUAGCUUUCUCUACUUAGUUACUAUGUUAACCUCACUUUAGUAUUUAUAUGUACAUGUAGCUUAAUCAUACGCCCGUCUUUAAUAUGUUGUGGUGAUCAUGUUUGUCCGUCUGACCGUCUGUCCCGCUUUGCUUCUGGCUCUUAACUUAAAUACUAUGAGACCUAGAAUCAUCAAACUGUUUUAGCCGAUAUAUUUUGGUAGAGGAUGGGUCGCACUCGGAAGUUAGGUCACUGUGACCUUUGAUAAAGACAAUAUGGGCAAAUAUGGCAAAAUCCUGUCCAACUCAUAACUGGACAAUUAUUUGGUCCAGAAUAAUCAUAGUCGGUUAAUGUAUCUGAGGAAGAAGGUGUGUCAUGCCCUGUAUCAAGGUCAGUGUGACCUCGAAUUAAGAUGUGGCGAUAUACGACACAAUCUUUUUGGGGGUUCUUGUAGUUCUAAGCAACACACUUUGUCAGCCUAAAUAUUUUUUUUAUUGGCCUGAACAAUUUACAUAAAAUUAAGCAAUGAAUAGAAAUAUAAUCAAAUUCAAUUGCAGUCAUUUUUAGCUCACCUGAACCGAAGGUUCAAGUGAGCUAUUCUGAUCACAUUUUGUCCGGCGUCCGUCUGUCUGUCUGUCCGUCUGUCUGUAAACUUUUCACAUUUUCGACUUCUUCUCCAGAACCACUGGGCCAAUUUCAACCUAACUUGGCCAAAAGCAUCCUUGGGUGAAGGGCUUUCAAGUUUGUUCAAAUGAAGGGCCAUGUCCCUUUCAAAGGAGAGAUAAUCACAAAAAUGCAAAAAUAGGGUGGGGUCAUUUAAAAAUCUUCUUCUCAAGAACCACUGGGCCAGAAGAGCUGAAAUUUACCUGAAAGCUUCCUGACAUAUUGCAGAUUCAAGUUUGUUCAAAUUAUGGCCCCCGGUGGUAGGAUGGGGCCACAAGGGGGGAUCAAAGUUUUACAUACAAAUAUAUAGGGAAAAACUUUAAAAAUCUUCUUCUCAAGAACCACUAAGCCAGAAAAGCUGAGAUUUACAUGAAAGCUUCCUGACAUAGUGCAGAUUCAAGUUUGUUCAAAUCAUGGCCCCCGGGGAUAAAAUGGGGCCCCAAGGGGGUAUGAAAGUUUUACACACAAAUAUAUAGGGAAAAACUUUAAAAAUCUUCUUCUCAAGAACCACUAAGCCAGAAAAGCUGAUUUUUACAUGAAAACUUUCUGACAUAGUGCAGAUUCAAGUUUGUUCAAAUCAUGGCCCCCGGGGAUAAGAUGGGGCCCCAAGGGGAGGAUCAAAGUUUUACAUACAAAUAUAUAGGGAAAAACUUUUAAAAUCUUCUUCUCAAGAACCACUAAGCCAGAAAAGCUGAGAUUUACAUGAAAGCUUCCUGACAUAAUGCAAAUUCAAGUUUGUUCAAAUCAUGGUCCCGGAGGUUGGAUGGGGCCACAAUAGGGGAUCAAAGUUUUACAUACAAAUAUAUAGGAAAAAUCUUCUUCUCAAGAACCAUUGAACCAGAAAAGCUGAUUUUUACAUGAAAACUUUCUGACGUAGUGCAGAUUCAAGUUUCUUCAAAUCAUGGGCUCUGGGGGUAGGAUGGGGCCACAAGGGGGAUCAAAGUUUUACAUACAAAUAUAUAGUUAAAACCUUUUUCUCAAUAACCACUGAGUCAGAAAAGCUGAUAUUUACAAGAAAACUUUCUGACAUAGUGCAGAUUCAAGUUUGUUCAAAUCAUGGUCCCCGGGGGGUAGGAUGGGGCCACAAGUGGGGGGGGGGGGUCAAAGUUUUACAUACAAAUAUAGAAAAAAGCUUUAAAAGAACCAUUGGGCCAAAGAAGUUGACAUUUACAUGAAAGCUUUCUGACAUAGUGUAGAUUCAAGUUUGCAAAGGGUAGUUUGGGCCAUAAUAGGGACCAAGGUUUUACAUGCAAAUAUAUAUGGAAAGUCUUCAGAUAUGGGCCCAGGUGAGCGAUGUGGCCCAUGGGCCUCUUGUUUUUUUAAACUGACAUUGUUUUAAAUACCUUUUCAAUUUGAAAACCCUUUUUCCAUACUCCCAACAUGCUGCCAUUCAAACAAUCAGUAGGAUGUAAAGGUAAGCAUAUGGAAGACUACUAAAAAUUGAUGUUGUGGAUGACUUUAAUUUAGACAUGAUAAUUUUACGGAAUUUUCCAUACUUGAUGUAUAAUUAAACAAUGAAAGGAAUUUAAUGAUAUGAUCUCUUUAAAAAUCCUGUUAUCAUCAAUAUUUGUAAUUAUGUGUAUCCAGUUACAUGUAUGAAUGCUAUUUAUUAUGAUUGUUGUCGUAUUGCCCAUCAGUAAUGCAGAGCAUUAAAUAUUACCAUUCAUUAUGUGAGGCAUAUUGCCAUUCAUAUUGUGAGGCAUAUUACCAUUCAUUAUGUGAGACAUAUUACCAUUUAUUAUGUGAGGCAUAUUGCCAGGCAUAUUACCAUUCAUUAUGUGAGGGAUAUUGCCAUUCAUAUUGUGAGGCAUAUUGCCAUUCAUUAUGUGAGGCAUAUUGCCAUUCAUUAUGUGAGACAUAUUACCAUUCAUUAUGUGAGACAUAUUACCAUUCAUUAUGUGAGGCAUAUUACCAUUCUUCAUGUGAGGCAUUGUCAAGCCAUGUUGAAGCGUGGGGUAUGUGAGCAAGUUUUUCUUUCAUUAGAUCUGCGAUCAUUUACAUUCAAUAACAAGCAUAGAAAUAUACUAUACUACAUAGGAGACCCAGUAGUGAUUCCAGGAUUUAUGUAUUGCGUUUUUUUUUAAAUUGAUGAAAUGCGUGUUUACAUCCGCAUUUGUGCAAUAAAGGUGUAUAGCGCACUUGGUAUGCAAUUUCGCCUACAUAAAUACUUUUUUCUUGAAUAUCAUUUUUUACAAAUAUUCUGCUAUACCAUGUCAGUUUAUACUUCUGUUUACCCAAAUUACUUAAUAAAGAUAUCUAUAUGUU